CUUAUUGGUUUGGCUUUUUGUGCGCGGGCCAAUACCAAACCAGAUUCCUCGUGCGGCCGGCCAUAUUGCGUUUAAUGAGUGCGUGAACGACAAGAGGCUGAAGUAGCCCUAAAAUAAAUCUUCCAACAUCUUAAAGUUGUGAAGAUUUUUAUAAAUUUUAUCCAUUAUGGAGAACUCCUACGGGAUCGGUGUGGCCAAUAGGUACGCACUUUUUUUAGACGACGAGUCGGAUCCGUUGGAAACUUUGGUCCAAAAGGAGCAAGAGAAGGAACUGAAGAAGAAAAGUAAAGUAGCUGAAAAGGAAAAUAAGACGAAACCAGAACCUGCCAAGGGAAAAUCCGCACCGACAAUACCGAAAAAAACAAUUAAGGAUACUACGAGUCACAAAGCUCAGGAAAAUAAACGAGAAGAUUUCAAGCCCAACCAAAGGGCAAAUACCGAGGGAAAAAUCGAACAACGGCCAUUUACAAAAUUUAAUAGUACCGAAAAUCGAGAGGAGAGAAAUAAUAGAAGAAACCGCGAAGAUAGACCGUUUAAUGGACCUUCCGAAAACCGUGAUCGUGAAAACCGGCCUAGACGUGAAAAUACAGACUUUGAUAAUCGUACUCGUGGUGAACGUGGGGAAAGGAAAGAAGGACGCCCUGUAGGCAAUCGCACUGGACCGCCGCGACCUGGUGGGGGCCCUAAAAAACCAUUUGAGGACAGAAGAGGCAAGCGUGAAUUUGACAGACAAUCUGGAUCUGAUAAAACCCAUGGUUACAGAGGAGUUAAGCCAGUAGAGAAGCGGGAUGGUGCUGGUGCUCAUAACUGGGGAUCUACCAAAGAUAUUAUUGAUGCUGAAGCCGAUAGAUCUAAUACUGAAACUGAUCAGAGUUGGGGAGAAUCUGAAAAACCUGAAGUUACUAAUGACACAGAAAAAAAAGAAGAACCUGAGGUUGAACAACCACCGACAGAGGAAGAACCAAAAGAAUUGACUCUGGAUGAAUGGAAGGCUCAGCGCGCUGGUCGUGUGAAGCCCGUUUUUAAUAUCAGAAAAGCCGGUGAAGGAGAGGACCCCAGCCAAUGGAAAAAGAUGUUCGAACUGAAAAAGAAGGAAAAGGACGAUCAAGAAUCUGAUGACGAGGAAUAUGACGCUUUAGAGUAUCCACAAAGGGUUGGCCGACAGAAACACAUAUUGGACAUUGAUAUUCAAUUUUACGACAAUAAACGUGCUGGCGGCGGUAGGGGCAGAGGCCAAGGAAGAGGCGGCAGAGGGGGACGUGGUAUCCGUGGCCCCCCUCGUGAAGGGGAGAAGAGAUUCCGCGAUGAACAGGUUGAAGAUAAAAAUGUUCCGAGAGCCCCAAAAGUCGACGACGAGAGAGAUUUCCCAUCUCUUGGUUAAGAUACCGUAAAUCAGUUACUGAUGAUGGUGUCACCUCCAUCACAUAGUCAUCUGAGUAACCAAGAAAAAAAUUAGACAUUUUAAUAAAAUCAAUUAAAACUCCUUUUGUUACUAUUUCGGUACUAAAUUUAGAGUUAACUGGUGAAUUUUUAUUUUUUACUUUGUUUUUCUCUUUACCGUUUCAAAUUGUACACUUCCAAAUUAUUUUGUGUGUUCGAAUCAAUUAUAAGCAUCCUCGCUUAAAUUUAGUGAUUUAUUGUUAUUAGAAUAUUUAAUACUGGAGUGUACGGUUAUAAAGUUGAUACAAAUAUAUCACGAUUUGUAUAUAAGGAUUAUAUAAGGAAGGUUUUUGUAUAUUGUGCCAAAAUCUGCACAUAUUUUUGAUUAACCUUCUGCCUAAUAACAUGACUUGUUUGUAAAUGUUUGAGAAGAUUUUUCAUAAAUUUAUUAAACGAGUUUCUCUAUUUAACUUUGUUUUUAUAAGGCUAACAUCUAUAAAAAAGGAGCUUUUUAUUGGGUUGCAUAAGUAUAAACAAAAAUACUUUAAACAGCCCCAUUUUAUCAGGUUUGAGAGUAUCUUUAAUUUUGAUACAAGAUAUUUGAACCUUCCCAAGUUUUUUUUUCAAUGACUAGAUUUAAUGGAGAAAUUUAGUCAUUAUAAAACUUUCAUAAUUUCAUUCAUGAUUUCAGUGUAGACUGUAAACCUUAUCCUAAAUGGUUACUAGUCAGUUUAAUGCUGUAUUGUUGAGAGUUUUAUACUUGGCUGCUCAUGAAUAGUGUCAUUUUAGUUUUUUUUUGCAUUUCACAAAACAAUUGUUAAUCAUUCUCAUGCAGUUUAUAUAUUUUUAAUAAAAUUACAAUGUUUUAUAUUA